AUGGGGCAACCUUUGGGUAAUUUCAUUACCGGAAAUUUUGAAGGUCCAUCUAAAAUUUCAUUUGCUAACAUCCCAGGAAAAGAGAAAAGUGCAUGGGGAAUCCCUCUUAGAACUGACACACGUUAUACAUCAAGUGAUGCUAGCUUCUUUUCUAGUUCAUUGCAUGUCCUUUCUCAUGAGAAGUUAAAUCUUGACAACUCUGAUCAAAGUGGUCAAUUAGUUGAUGAUGGCUUCUCUAGAAUAAAGAAAACAUAUUUAGAAGAUGAACAUAAGGACCCACUUGCAUAUAUUGGACCAACUCCAAUAGGAAGCUUUCUUCCUGGUGAUGAAGAUGAGCUCUUAGCUGGCCUUAUGGAUGAUUUUGAUCUUAAUGGGAUGCCUUGCGUCGAUCGUCGAAGACUUGAAGGCACCUCACCUUCGCCGCCGUUGAAGUCGCAAGAGCUAAUUGCAGUUGGGAUUUGGGAAAAGUCGACCGAAGAGGGAAAUGAUAUGGUCCGAGGGCCAGAGUACAUAGAUCGCAGCGAUGAGGAGGGGAAGAACAGCUGCAAUACUGAAUAG